AUGCACAGGACGCCGACUCGCAGCAGCCGCAGCAGCAGCAGUGGGCGAGCUCGGCUGCUGCUGCCCCGGCUGCAGUGGCGGCAGCAGCAACGGCGGCUGCAGCAGCAGCAGCAGCAGACAACGCCACGCUGUUCUUCCCGCCCGAAGCUGUGGAAGAACUCCGAGAAUCCCUCGAAGUCUACACUCCGGCGGACCUCCGGGGGGCCCUGGGGGCCCCCCAAAAGCUGCAGGGCCUCUACCUGCGGGUGCUGCUGCUGGGGGGGCAGCACUACGUCAACUGCGGCUUCUUCCGCCAUGCUGCGCUGCUGCAGCUGCGCAUUGCAGCAACUCACUUAG